GCUCAUGGCAGAGGAAAUAAAAGCCAACAAGCAGAAUUAACUGAGAUGCGAUAUAUGAUUAACAACUUGUUGUGAGCUGUGCAAGCUUUACAGCAACAGGAACCCAUAGGAACCUGUCUGGAGAUGCCAGAGGGUGAUCUGGUAGACACACCAAAAGGUAGUCUAAAGGAUGAGACCAUAGAUGGAGGGGAUGAUAACCCUUUUCAUGAAACUAGAACCACAAGUCAAGCACUAAGAGGUGGAUUGGAAGAGCAGUUGAUACGUGCCCUUGAUUUGAACAGUGGUGGAAUUAAAAUAGAAGUUAUUGAUUUCCAUGGAAAGAUGUAUGCAGAAGAUUAUUUAGAUUGGGAAGUUAGUUUGGAGAAUUAUUUUCAAUUGAAACACAUGGCAGAAAAUAGGAAGGUGAUUUUUGUAAAGCAUAAAUUGAACGGAGCUGCACUUCAAUGGGGGAAGAGAGAUGAAAAACAGCAUUCUGGACGAGGCAAGCCAAACAUCAGCAAUUGGAAGCACAUGAAAGCAAAGAUAUGGAAACAGUUUUUGCCAGCUAGUUAUGCAACGGAAUUGUAAAAAAAAUUCAGACCCAAAAACAGAAUAGAAUGGCAAUGGAGGAGCAUACUCCAAUAGUAAAGAAUGUAACAUCUCAUUCCAUUACUCAAACAGGCAAUUUAGGAAUUCAAUGUUUUAGUUGUGGAGGGAAGGGGCAAUACUCUUUUGCUUGUCCAUAACUUGGGGAGAAAGUAAACAAGUUUGAAGAGGAAUUGAAGAGGAAGGAGGUGACAUGUUAGAACUAGUUUACGAUGUUUAUUGUGAUGAAAUUGAAGAAGUGGACAUUCUUUCAAUUCAAGGAGAAUCUUUAAUGAUUCAAGAAAUGAUGGCAAUAGCU